GCUUUAAAUACUGAUUUGACAGAUCACGUUUUACUCUGAGGCACUGAGAAAAUAGCCAACCACCGCCUGUGCUGCUGUGUAACGCCUGUAUCAGAGCAACAAGUACAUCCCGGAGCCUGCACUCAUACGAUGGGGACCAGACCAGGACCAUUUAUUUGUACCUUUAUUUUGGCAUCAUGGGUGAUCUUAAUCUCAGGGACAGAGCUAGAAGGGUCAAUGGAGCUUCCAAUAAGGUUUGAAGAGCCUGAUUCAGACAAAUGGAUGGAAAAGAGAGAUACCGACACUUUCUUGGCUGCUGAUGAUCCAGUUGACUCUUUAAAAAUCCAGCCUGAAGUGGACACUUCUGAUCUUCCAACAUGUCUGCUGUGCGUGUGUCUGACGGGAUCUGUGUACUGUGAAGAAGUUGAUGUGACAUCGGUGCCAGCUCUACCUAAAGAGACAGCCUAUCUAUAUGCUCGUUACAACAAGAUAAAAAAGAUUACUGCAAAAGACUUCGGAGAUAUUGUAACAUUAAAAAGAAUAGAUCUGACUGGAAACUUAAUUUCGGAGAUUGAGGACGGGGCCUUCAUGAAGCUGACGUUGUUGGAGGAACUCUCCCUCGCUGAGAACCGGCUUGUGAAACUGCCAAUGUUACCACCCAAGCUCCUAAGCUUUAAUGCCAAUCACAACCGCCUCAAGACCAAAGGAGUAAAAGCCAAUGCUUUCAAGAAAUUAACCAAUCUCAGAAAUUUAUACCUCGCCCACAACGAGUUGGAGGCAGUUCCAUUAAUUCCAGAGAGUGUCCGCAUGUUUCAUAUUCAGAACAACAACAUUUCAUCCGUUACUGCCGACACCUUUUGCAAACGCAAUGACACCUACUACAUCCGGCCCAAUAUUAAUGAGAUCAGGAUGGACGGAAACCCGGUGAUCCUCGCAAAGGACCCUAACAUCUUCAUCUGUCUGCAGAUCUUGCCAGUUGGACGGUACCAAUGAAAAUGCCUUAAAAAAAAAAAACAACCCUAACAAACACAAAUCUUUGUGAGUGCCUCAAAUGAAAACAACUAUGGACUGAAAGGUGUUUCAUGUCCAGUUUGCCACCUUGCAAAAGCAGGGUAUGUGAAUUGUUGAUUACUUUGUUAUGUACAGUAAGUACUGAAAUUCCGUUUUGAACUCUGUGGCUUAAACGCAAUUGUUAAAUGUAAUAUAUAUAUAACAAUUCUGUUAAAAGCUGCAUAGUAAUUUAUGGCUUCCAUAAAAAUGGAUGUUUGCAGCAUUUUAAAAAUUAUGUGAACUGCUUUUACUUCUACUGUUUAAGAAGUCUGCAAAGUUAAUUAGGUUAAGCAUUCAUUCCGUACGUAUGUGCGUCUACAACGAUGUAGUCACUCUAUCUUGAUAGAACAGAACUAUUUAUGUGAUUGCUACCUAUGUGAGAAUCAUCAAGUAGGCUGUACAGUUAUAUAUAAUGUUAAAAUAUUAUGCUAUAUGUUUUCUAUAGUUAUUUUAAUAAAUCUAUCUCUUCUUU